UAAAGUUAAAUAAGUUUGCAUCAGCACUUCUGAUUUAAAUGUCAACCAAAUAACACAAAAACAUACUAUUUCUAUUUCUUUAUUCAAUAUUCAAGCACCACACGUGUUGUUUCGGCCAAACAUUCGUUUUAAUUUCUCAUAUUUUUCUUGCAUUUCUGACAUCUUUCGAGUGCUGAAAAUGGUUUACUUAAGUCAUCCUUGGACUCCCGCCGUAAACCCUUUCUACAUUGCCCCCUAUCCGAGAUGCGCAGUUUGCCCGUGUGACUUCGACAUUUAUAAAGGAUACACCCCCGGUGGCUGGCAUAGUCGUUGCUAUAGCAGCUAUUGACGACAAGUACCCAAAUGCACGAAAAUGCAAUGAUAACCGCCGCACACCGGUUCUCCUCUCAUACAGAUAUGUACAACAAAAAUAAAAUUGAUUCACCAUCAA